AUGACGAACCCAAAGAAAGAACAUAGUGAAAUUCCCCCCCAAAAGGGAAAAUUAUAUUACAAAAAAAACUCGAAAUAUAUAAAUUUUAUUUAUAAAUUUGUACAAUGGUAUAGAAUAGAAAAAGUGGUUGGACCCAUAUGGGUGCAUAAGUAUUCUGCAACGAUAUCAUUUUUACUAUUUCUCUUUUUUUUUAAUUUAAUACUUGGUAUUAACAUAUUGUUAUUGAGUUCACGAUAUACUGAAUGUAGAAUCCCAUAUGAAUAUAAAGAUCAGUCUUAUACGAAAUAUACAAUAGUUAAAGUAACACAUGAACACUGUAAUGGAAAUAAACAUUUGAAGGUACUUGAAGGGCAAAUAAAUGUCCAUUAUGAAAUUCAUGGUAUUCAACAGAAUCAUAAUGGGUUUAUAACGAGUUUAAAAAAAGAACAAUUAAGUGGAAAUAUAUUUUUAAAAAAGGAAGAACUGAAUGAAUGUUUUCCCUUGAUUACAUAUGAGCAUGAAGGUGUAAAUAAAUUAUUACAUCCGUGUGGUAUAUUGCAAUGGAAUGUUUUUACAGACAAUUACAUGUUUUAUGAUAGUCAACCUGAUGAAGCACCAUUUCCAAAUUCUUUACCAUUAAAACAAAAGGUAGAAGACAUAACAAUAAAAUAUUUUAGAAAAUUUUUUAAAAAUCCUAGUCCUAUACUUGUUAAUUUAUAUAAAAAUAAAGUUUAUUUUUGGAUGGAUGAAGAAAUACAAUCAUAUAUUUUACAAGAAAAUAAUGAAACUAAUGAAAAACUAGUUGUCUUGCCUCAAUCUUUAAAAUAUAACAAAGCAGGAAAUGCUAUUGAAAAUAGUCAUUUCAUAAACUGGAUGAUACCUUCAGCAUUUAAUUAUGUUAAACGUUUGUAUGCAAUACUUGAUGGCCCUUUAACAUUUCCUUUUUAUAUUUACAUUGAGAACAAUUUUAAAAUUAAUUAUACGAAAAUAAUUGUUAUUUCCAAUUCCAAUUUUUAUCUUAGUACAACUUUACUAGGAGUUAUUUUUAUCAUAACAUCCAUUUUAGCUCUUAUAUUGGCUUUUAUGCAUCUCAUACGAAUGAGAAAAUAUAAUUUUAAAUAG